UUUUUGCUCAAAAAGAUUUGGUUAAAAUGGUCAGAAAUUGCCUCAGAUCGCACCACAGAGCAUCUACAAUCCAACAAAAUUUCGGGCUAACCCCACACCGUAAUUUUUGGGGGACCAAACAUUUCUUGCCCCCCCCCCCCCAAAAAAAAAAUUGUGUUCUGGAUCUGCCCUUGUUUGGCUCUUUGGAUGUAUGCGUAUGUGGUUCCUCGAAAAUAUAUUUGCUUAUAAUUAACUAAACCUUUUUUUAUGAAAUGUAUUAUAAUUGAAAAUGGAGGGCUAUUUCUUUUUUGUUUUUCAAACAUAUUUAUGUAACGUUUGUAACAGAUUGUGAACUUGUGGUUUAUUGUUUACAUAACGCUUAGGUAAUUUUAUUAGACAGAAUAAGUUGAAAAUUAACUAUUCUUUUCUUCAAAAGAUAGUUUUGCUUCACCGUGUGUAUGGGGAAAGUACAUUUCGUUUGCCGAGCAAAUAUCUUUGGAGUUCAAAAAAAUGUUCUGGAAAAGAACCAAAAAUAUGACUUGUAAAUUAUACUAUAUUAACAAAAAGGUCUGGAGUUUGUCACAAACCCUAUUAAAACAACAUUCGUUGGUGCAUUUUAUGAUGACAAAGAAACAUGUAAAUGUUCAAUUAUAAUUCACCAUGUGUACAUAAAUCGAAACCAAACAUUUGCAAUUAUGCAACAUUCAGUCUUUUGAUUAUGAUUAAUUCGUUGACGUAAACAUCUUUGCCUAUGCUGCUGUAUCACACCAUGAUUACACCUAUAACCAGAUCUGUUGAUUUCCCAAGAUGUGAUCGUGGGUUAAAUUCCGAAGUUAAGUGGUCCGACUCUAAAAUUAGAUUGAUUGAACAAUGGCCAAUGACCGUUUACACUUAUCACGUGGCUUGAGAUAGACGACCUAAUUGAUUGAAUUGGAUUGAUAACCUCAAAGAGAGUUUGCGCGACUUACAAUCCUCCAAUCAAAUCACAAGGAUUUAUUUGGGUGUUAUUAUAAUACAUGUUAUUCGGGUGAAAAUAUAUCAGCAAACAGUGAUAAAAAACCUGCUAUCGUUGAAAACGACCUUCGCAUGUAGCCUACCAGGUACCAGUGUCGCUUUGUUGUUGUUUUUUACUGCAUGACAGAUGUACACGUUAGUUUUUGCCCUUCACCAAUGUAUAAGAUUAGCAUCUUUGGUAAUUUGCAUGUGACCUCCAAGCCGGAUUGCCUAUUAAAUUUGUAAACAUUUUAUGCGAGUAAAUGCAUUUAGUAGUAUGCCCAUAUCGAUUUGUUGCGUAACUUGGUGACUGAGGCUAAAAACACAUCAGAUCAGGAAACGGUCCAAAAUCAUGCCAUUUUGGAAGACAUAUCACGCUGUAUCUCGAAAACCGUUCAAUGUACUUGGGGGUGUUAAAAUUCAGUUUCUAACCUCACAAAAAAAAAUGUACAGACACUGUUAUCUGGGCCAUAAAAAAGACCCGUCAAAACAUCAAUUUUUGGUGUGGGCCAUCCCCCUUUUGGGGGCGGCCAAGCCCGCGCUGUAGCUGUGUGUUCAACGCUGUAGUUAGCUCACGAACUAUACGUUCUUUUAUAAAGGUUCACGCACCGUUGGAAUGAUAAUAAAAUUCCCUUUGAUUCGCGCAUAUCACGUAGUCGAGGUCAUCGUCGAUAUCGAGUGCACAGUGCAGACACAAAUACUAGCCAGACAUAACAGAUUCCUUUUCGAUCUUUUGCCGGCCAGACAAGGCACUGCAGGUUCCAGUUCUUUGAGUUUGACCAAUCGUCACGGAGGAGGCUGUGUUUUUCUGUUUGGAUUUUGCCCGGUAGACGACAGUGCAAUCGACAAUGAAUUCUACCUUGAUCACUGUAAUCACAUAUUGUGGAGCUGUGAUUUCAGGCCUGGCUGUGUUGGAGAAUCUACUGGUGAUAGUGGUGCUAGCAGCAACCAGCUAUCUCCGCAUCAAGUACUUCACCUUCGUCUUCAAUCUCGCCCUGGCCGACCUGGGGUUUUCUGUGAUGCUAAUUGCCUAUGCUCUAAAUCGAGAUCAUGUUUUGUCUGCCCUUAUGCAGUCGCUUUUGUUUGUUGCUGUGCUGAUGAUUUUAGCAGUGGCUGUGAAUCGUUAUUUGACACUGACUAUCUCGCCGCCCUCUCGCUAUGAUGCGUUGGUGACGCCAUGCCGCCUGGCAAUGGUUUGCCUUCUUCUUUGGUGUUUCUCCUUUGCACUUAAUGUGCCGGUAGUCUUGGUGGCAUCUAAAGAUGUUCACUUGAUUCUAUCAGCGUGGUUUAGACCUCCAUUCGUACUCGUCGUGUGGAUCGUGACCGCUGUGCUGUACCUCUUCGUCUUCAGAAAGAUCAAUAGCUAUACCAGUCUUCCCACGAUUCCAUCAAGCCCAGUUUGCGGCACCAAUAACACAGACAUGACCGAACAGUCCCCCCCUCGUGUUGGCCAGACCCGUCGCCUGAUGAUCACUUUCUCCAUCAUUCUUGUGACAUCAUUCAUUUGUUGGACCCCUUUCAACAUCGCCCAGAUAAUGGAGUAUUUCAUCAAAACUGGUCAGAGCACAAUCUCCGAUGAUACCCUCAAGAACUUCAACACAAUUGCCGCUUUUGUUUAUUGUCUGUCUCCAGCUAUAAACCCGCUCAUCUACUGGUGGCGUUUGGAUGGUUUCAGGCAGGGCUUCAAAGAACUGUUCUGUUGCUGUCUGCUUCAGAAACCAGAACAACUCGUUGAAGAAAUUGUUGAUGAUAACGAAGACCAGCAAAAUACUGAGCCCAUUGGAUAACCCAACCCCCCCC